CAAGUUUCUGAUAAAUAUUUUCAACGGAUAAGUCGCCGGAUUCAAAAUGGAGACCGACCAGGAAAAUCUGAGCUUUGGUAAACGCUUGAAAUACUUCUUCUCUUAUCAUUGGCGAGGAUGCCUCUCAGUUCUGUUCCCCAUCAUAUUUUUGCCAAUCCUAUUUAGCAAGCCCGAGAUGGAGAUGCGCUGUUGUUAUGUAGUGUGUUUGAUGGCCACUUUCUGGAUCUUUGAACUGAUCCCACUGGGAGUAACCUCCCUACUGCCUGUUGCGUUUUUCCCUGUGAUGGGCAUUUUGGAUACGGAAACUACGGUUGUUGCAUAUUUUCCAAACGCCAUUCUUCUGUUCUUCGGAAGUUUGGUCGUGGCAUUGGCUAUUGAAUAUUCGAAUUUACAUAAACGCAUAGCGUAUGCUAUUCUCUCUUUGAUAGGUUGCGGCCUGCACAGAUUACAUUUUAGUAUGUUAUAUAUUACGAUGUUUGUAUCGAUGUGGAUCUCGAAUUCUGCUGCAACAGCAUUGAUGUGCCCAGUCAUCAAAGGCACUUUAGAGGAGAUGGCAAAUCAAGGUGUGGUUGAGGUGUAUGAUGAAAGCAAAGUAUUAGCUCCAGACGACCCUCCCUAUCCAUCGAGAGUGGCAAUUGCAUUUUUCCUUGGUGUAUCUUAUUCAUCGUCUAUCGGUGGAUUAGGCACCCUUAUUGGCACUGGUACAAAUAUUGCAUAUAAAGGCAUUUUUGAAAAAAUGUUUAAAGAUACAAACGACAUGGAGUUUUUACCUUUUAUGUGUUUCAACGUAUUGCCAAUGUUGCUAAACACAACUCUAGUUUCUAUCGCAUUACAAUGGCAAUUUAUGGGCCUAUUCAGAUCGAGUAAGAAAAAAAUUUCUACGACUAAAGAGGCCGAAGAAGCUGCUCGAGCGGUUAUUAAAGAAAAGUCGAAGGAAUUGGGAAAAUUUUCAUGUCAUGAGCUUCAAGUUGGCGCGCUUUUUAUAGUGAUGAUAGUACUUUUUCUAACUAGAAAACCAGGCAUGGGUGGACUAAAAGGCUAUGCGGAUGUUUUAACUGAUAAAAAAAUUAAGUCUUCUGCUGGGCUGAUAGGCGUCUCAUUCCUACUUUUUGCAUUGCCCAUUAAUUAUUUAUCCACUAAAUAUUUCGCAUGCCGCAAGCCAAACGAAGAAGGCACUCUAAAACCUCUCUUGGAUUGGCCCUGGUUCUCCGUCCGUCAUUCAUGGGGUUUAUUAUAUUUACUUGCGGGUGGAUUCGCACUCGCUGAAGGAGCAUCAGAGUCGCACUUUGCGUCAUAUGUUGGAGAGAAGCUAUCGGCCCUAAAAGUACUCCCUGCGUGGCUAUUACAGCUUACCUCACUUACCGUUGGGGUAAUAUGCACAGCUUUCACGUCUAAUGUAGCCAUGUGCAACAUUCUGAUGCCCAUCUUAUUGAAUUUGGCGCUAUCAAUCAGAAUAAAUCCAACUUACCUCUGUCUACCCGCUGCAUUAGGCUUAAGCAUGGCUUUUCAUUUGCCGGUCAGUACUCCGCCAAAUGCAAUAGUGUCUGCUUAUGGCAACAUUAGAACAAGGGACAUGGCUAUUGGCGGGGUGUUACCAACCAUAAUUGUAAUAGUUUCCCUGUUUUGUUUUGCGCAAACAUGGGGUGUAGUAAUAUAUCCUGAUCUCAAAACCUUCCCACAAUGGGCUAAUAUUAGCACCACAAAAUCCUAAUAUUCUUAAACAUUCACCUAACUGAUUUCGUUUUCCUGUUUUAUUUUAUUUUAAAUAAUGGGAUUAUCAUUCCAUUUUAGUUCUGUUAGUUAAUUAAAAUAUUUACACACUACGG